GUUGGAGGUUGUAAGGAGGGGAAUUUGUUCUCAAGGUGUCCGCGCUGGGAUUGAAGUUUCAUUAAAAGUCGGUUCAUUAUAAAAGUCUUACGGCUUCACCUUCUUCAGUUUUCUAAACUUCCAUCAGUUCACUUUUUCUAACAAUGGAGGCAUCUGUAACAGAUCUUCGUUUGCGAUUAAGUAUUAAGAAGGAGCAACCGGUACAGUUAGAUGAUCUGAUAUCCAAGUCAACAAAUGAAUGUAUUUUAAAGAAUGAGGAAACCUUGGAGCUUGCAGAUCAUAUCAAAGUUGAAUCUAAUUGUGAUCGAGUUGAUAAAAAUCUGCAUAAUAAUACUAGUGGCCAUAGUAACAGUAAUGGUUUAGUUGCUGUUAAGAAAACUCGAAAUCGAACAAAGCGAAAUCCUCCUAAAGAAGUUAAAGUGUUCCAAUGCACUAAAUGUCGCAGCUGUUACACUUCUAAAACAUUUCUGAAAAUGCAUAUUAAAUAUGUUCACAAAGAUGUAGAAUAUACAUGUCCUCAAUGCUGUAAAACAUUUGCAGAGAAGUACAAGUUGGAAAUUCAUCAAGCGAUGAUUCAUGGAGUAAGCCGGUUUAAAUGCGAACAGUGCGGUCAAUGCUUUUUGACAAAUGGUGCACUCAAAUCUCACAAUGAAGUUGUACAUUUAGGAAUUACUUAUCCGUGCCCAGUGUGUGGAAAAGUUUUCUCAAGAAAACAUUAUUUAUCUCUGCAUAAUGUUUUUGUUCAUGAAAAUACAAAAUUGCCAUGUACCUACUGUACCAGAACAUUUCCGUUUAAAUCUCGUCUUAAUGAUCACAUUAGAAUUGUUCAUGAAGGCAUAAAACCGAAAUGUGAUGAAUGUCUCAAAGAAUUUACCACGAAGUUCGCUUUAAAUGAACAUAUCAGAGCAAUACAUAAAGGCAUAAGACUGGCGUGUAAUCAAUGUGAUCGGACAUUUCUCUCGAGAAAUUGUUUAAAUCAACAUAUCAUGGGGAUCCAUGAAGGUAAACAACUUACCUGUGAUAAAUGUAGCAAGAAAUUCUGCUCAAGGACUCGUUUAAAUAGGCAUGUUAAAAUUGUUCAUGAUGGCAUCAAAUUGGAAUGUAAUCAAUGCGACAAAAAGUUUUCCCGUAGAUGUUACUUAAAUGAACACGUCUUAAUCGUACAUGAAGGCGUAAAAGUCACCUGUGAUCUAUGUGACAAAGAGUUUGCUUCCAAAGCGAAUCUUGAUGAACAUAACAGAAUUAUUCAUGAAGGAAUAAAGUAUCCAUGUGAUCAAUGCGAAAGAAAGUUUACCUCUAAAUGUAACCUAAAUGAACAUAUGAAAGUCAUUCAUGAAGGAAUCGCAUUUCCUUGUGAACAGUGUGAUAAAAAAUUCACUUCAAAAACUACUCUUGGCCGGCACAUAAAAGCAAUUCAUGAAGGUGUACGAAUGUCUUGUGAUCAGUGUGAAAGACGAUUUUUGAAUAAAUCUCUCUUAAACGAACAUAUUCGAGUUGUUCAUGAAGGUUUAUCGUUCAAGUGUGAAGAGUGUGGUAAUGGAUUUGUGAAGAUGACUAGCUUAAGAGAUCAUGUAAACAGUAAACAUGGAGGGAUGAAAUUCACAUGUGAUAUAUGUGAUAAAAAGUUUUCAGCAAGGACUGCACGUAAUCGACAUAUCAAAACUAUUCAUGAAGGUAAAAAGUUUUGCUGCGAUCAAUGUGAUAGAAAAUUUGAUGGUAAAUCCCACCUUAAAGAUCACGUCAAAGUCGUACACGAAGGUUCGCCUUUCAAAUGUGAUAUAUGCGAACGUUCGUUUACCAAACCUGUUAGUGUGAGAGAACAUAUCAAGGCUGUGCAUAAUGGUGAAAAUCACAUAUGUGAUCAAUGUGGCAAAUCAUUUUCACGAAAACGUUUCUUAAAUAGGCACAAAUCUGCAUUUCAUAAGAGGCGAAAUGAUUAAGAUGAAAAUGGUAAAUUAUAGUUUAUUCAUUUGUAUGAAGAAUAUAUACUUGUUAUGUGGUAUACUGAGUUACAGCUUUUACUGUUCAUUAUUUUAUCCUCGUAUACUGGAAUUAUAUAAAGACACCGAUCAACAGGCAGCAUCAAAUCGAUAUGAUUUUUUACAAUGAUUGUAGUAGUAAUACAAAUAAGUGAAAUGCUUUAUGGUAUCAUAAAGCAUACAAGUAGAUUUGUACUUACACCCAUUUCUAUUUUAUGUAUUUAACGUAUUAAGCUGAAAGGAAUAAGAUAUAUUCGCAAAUUUGAGCUACUUUCAACAAGCACAAUAAGCGAAUAAACUUAAGUAUUAUAGAAUUUGAUUUACGAUUAAGCGGCUAUGAAUAUAACUGACUUUUGGCGCGGAAAAUAUAGCACAUUGUUUUGUCUCACUAGAUAUUCUGUUUCAAUUAUGUGUAUUUUCCAACUUUUAUUCAUUUUUUGUGAGGUUGCUUUUCUAUAGAACUUUGAAUCUGUGUGUCAUUUAUAUAUAGAUAAGCCUAUAAUAGUGAGUAUCAUUAGGGGAAGGUACUCUUAUAUUUGGUACUUGUAGCUAUUCGUACCUACUUACUGAGGUAACCAUGUCUAAAAUUACUUGAUAACUUCCUUUUGAGCAAUGUAAUUUAUUUUUGUGGCUGACUAAAUCAACGGAAGCAAACUAGGACUUAAUCUAACCACAUAUGACCAGCAGUUGCCAUGUAUCACACGUAAGAUGAUAAGACCUUCAAGAUUUUGCUUCGAUGUAUUUAUCCCGCUGUGAUUGCUACCGUUCCAUUUUGACGGAAGUUGCCAUACCUCAAUGAAGAAGCAUAAACUUUCCCAUAAACAUGAAAUUACUGGUCAACGACUUUAUAAAGCGUUAGCGUAUCUUCCUGAUUGCGGUGGACUGGAUCAUGCAGCAAACCGUGACGAGCGAGAAAACGGGCAUACUCUGGACCGAUGUAAAGACCCUCGAAGAUUUGUAUUUCGCCAACGAUGAUGAUUUAUGUGUAAUCUCUCGUCGCACAAACCCCAAGAUCUACAGGCGGAAACCAACAAGUUGACAGAAGAGAUAAGGCAGGGAAGAGAAUACGGAGGGGAUGAAGAUGCCCAACCAACAACAACAAACUCCAAUCAGCAUCAAUGGGAGAAACUUAAAGAAAGUAACCUCCUUCACCUAUCUAGGCAGCAUCGUUUCAACUACAGGCGGCACAGACGAGGACGUGAAAGCCAGCUAGGAUCGGAAAAGCAAGACAGGUGUUCAUUAGUUUGAAAUCAUUGUGGAGAUCUUCCACACUCAGCAUAAAGCGUGAACAAUAUCCGGAUUUUCAACACCCACGUCAAAUCAGUGCUUCUGUAUAGUUCAGAGACUUGGUGCAUUACGAAAGGGAUUUCCAACAAACUUCAGACAUUCAUCAAUAGCUGCCACCUACGCUCAAUCCAAACUGAAGAUCAGAUGGAUGGGCAGAAUAAAAAGAAUAAGUAACAAGGAAGUGUGGCUGGCUGGCAACGAACCAACCAAGAGGCUAUCGUUCAACAAAUAUGCAGAGAAAGAAAGUGUAGAUGGAUUGGAUUGGGCAUACACUGAGAAGACAGUUUGGAGACAUGACGUGUCAGGUCAGGCCGUCGAGUGGAAGGUGAAUAGGAAACGACGAGUUGUGCGUCCGAGGUGAUGGUGAUAUGGAGGAGAUGGUGUGAGGAAGAAAUGAGAGGUUGUUGUGAGUUGUGGAGCGAGGUUGAAAAGACUGCAUAGAAGAUAGUGAAAUGGCGACGUAUUACAGAAGCCUUAUUUUCCACUAGGAACUCAAGGGACAAAUAUAUAAUGUAAAUAAUAAUCUUGGUCUGGUCUGACUUAGAUUUUCCCAAUCUAAUCCUACGCUGGUUAGUUUUUGAAGUCAAUGCACUAUUGAUUGGUGCAUGAAGUAAUGUCCCAUUAAUUUCUUAUCACUUGAAGCUUAUCUAAGCGUAACAUGUUGUAUGAGCUUAUUCAUUUGAUGUGCGAUAUCAGUGAUAUUUUCCUGUGUUUUUUCUCACUUAUAGCUUAUUUCAGUCACCACUAAAUUGUGUUAAUAGCGAAUAUGACUGGUUUAGUUGAGCAGAAGGAGAUGGAUAUGAAACUACUUCAUUGUCUGCAUUUUGUUUUACUUUUUAUAUGUGUAUCGAUCUCAUGUUUUCUCUGCAUAUAUUUUCUUCCUUUUUGUAUAUAUGAAUGCUUUUUUUUAUGCGACAUACCUUUCUGUAUUUUCUAAUUGUUUUACGUUGACUGAUUGUGUUUGUAUUUUAAUGCUUAUUGGCAGUAAUUAUCAGUAAAACCUAGAACAUAUA